AUGAUCAUUUUGACCUCUCAAGGAAAGCCCUGGAAACCCCAGAACCUUCCACUUGAGAAGGAAUUGUACGUCUAUGAUAACCGCCUUGCUCAGUCCCAUGCGAACGGAGCGCCGCCGGACUCGAAGUCCGAGGUCACUCUCCCAAAACGAUACUGUGUCUCCAGCCCGCCGAAUUCUAUCGAUGACACUAGGUCGCUUCAAUCAUGGCAAGAGCUCUUCAGAACUCGCUGGGCCUGGACCGUCAAAGUGGUCGAGGACUGUAGGCAAAUGGCCAGGGAGGCCGAGAAUCGGUACUCUGAGAUGGAUGUCAUGAUGCGCUGUCUUGAUGUUGCCGUGACUAAUUUGGAAUCGGUCAUCAAGGCGCUUGAACCUAAAUAUGUCGAGUUCAAGAAAUGGCUUCCCACCGCCCAAGCAGAGUACGGUGCGCUAGCUUCGGGCUGGGAAAAGUACCUUGCAUUUGCGCGGGCCAUUCCUGUUUCUCCCGCAAUGGUUAGGUAUAUGACUGGUCGCAGCACCCGUGAUUCAAAAGGACGAUCUCAGCGCCAGACCACUCUUGAGGACUUGGUAGACCUGGACACAGCGCGCAAAGCAGGCCGUCUUGCUCCCUCCGCUCUGCUAAAAUUCAACAAUCGUGUAGCUGAUCUCGACAAGGUUGCCAGCCGCCUCUUCCAUGAUGCUGAGGACUUAUUCAGGGAAUUUGAAAGGACAGUUGAGCGAUCAGUCACCUCUCGUGCUGGCGAAGCCCAGCAGCUUUUUCACGAUAUAGAAGCCGUGGCGAAAAAGAUUAACACGGAUUACCAAACGGUCCUCGACCAUACCAGCUCUUCUCGAGAUGUUCUUCACCAAGUUUCCAAGAUUGCCGCAAGUCAUACAGAGCGCCUCCUCCCAAGCUUGGCCAAACGCUCAGUGGAACUAGAUGAGAUGCUUCGGGAGGCCACCCAAGCAAGAAACUCUUUGGCUGCUGAAUCAAUCGAAUUCAUGCGCAGCAUUACCGAGAUCACGGCUCUGAGCCACAGCAUUAAGUCGCAACUCAACGCGGUGAACCAGGAUGAUGAACUUGCCACCUUCGAUUAUUUAAGGCUUCUUCAACAAGUUCCUUACAUGUACGCCUCAUUUGUUGCCGAAGCGAUCCGACGCCGCGAGUGGCACGAAAAACUCAAGCAGGACUCGUCAACACUUGCAAAUGAAGUGGCCCUCUUCCAAGAAGAGGAAAUCAAGAGACGAAGGAGAUGGCACAAGUCAAUCGGAGAUGCUUAUGGGCCAGAAACUGCCGGAUCAGAUACCGUUGUCCCUGGACUGGAAGUCAAAUUCCUGGGAGAAGACGAACAAUGGCCGGUCAUGACCCGGCGGGACUUGGACGAGUUUCAUGCGCUUUUGCAAAGCCACAAAGCUGACCCGGACAUCAUUGCCGAUGUUGGCAAGAUUAUUGCAGAGCUCAACAACCCAACGAAACAGCAGUCGAAACGCAUGAAAGCCUUCAAAAAUGGGAGUCUGCAUGAAGCCACUCUUGGAAGAAGUGGCUUGCUAAUACGCGGUGAUGAUGACCUUAUGCGCUCUCUCCAAGAUGAAAAAUUAAAAUUAGAAAGUAAGCUAAAAACAGCAGAGAGUCGAGUUCGGCGACUCGAAGACUUACUUCACCGCCAGACCCAAGCAUCCCGCCCGACUUUGGGUAACUUGUUUCACGUGCCGAGCCAUCAGCUUUCAGACCGUGAUGAUUCGACAUUCUCUGUUAAAUCUCCUCGGGCUGGGUCAGAAGACCAGAGAAAGUCCUUUGAGGGACCUGGUGCUCUCUCGCAACGAAUCCAACAACUAGAAGAAGAGCUAGCUGCAGAAAAACACAGAUCUGAAACGCUUGAAGGUGACCUCAAUGCUCAAUUGGCUCUCCGUGAGAACCUGAAAGCUCAGCUGGAAGAGGUGAACUCAACAAAGCGAGAUCUCCUUCAAAACUUAGAAGCCCUUAAACGAGAAUUUACGGAGGAGCGGAAAUCUCUCGAAGCAGAGAUCAAGCGCUUGCAAGCUCGUCUAGAAGACACGGAAGACCAGAUGGAGCAUUUUGGCGAGUCUCGCGAGAACGAAAAGGCUUCAUACGAUGAGCACAUUGAAACUUUGAAAUCUGAACUGGACCGACUAAGAAAAGAGAAACAGGAGGAAGCUCUCAAGUCAGAAGGUCAAUUGGAUUUCCUUCGGAGAGAAGCACGUCUGCAGAGAGAAACGAUAGAAGAGCAGGAGCGCCAGCUCCAUGCAGCACUCGAAGAGUCCAAAAAGCUCAACAAGAAGCUUGCCGCGCUUACCGAGACCGCAGACGCACAACUCAAAGCAUUACAUAAUCUCUGGUACCAGUUCUCGUCGCCAAAUGACGCCGCACCUGAUGAUCACUGUGAUCUCAUUGAAGGACUCAUGGCAAAAGCCUCCAACACCUUGGCGACGGUGCAACGCUUAGAAAUGGACAAGUCCUUGCUACGGUCAGAGCUGGAGACAGUGCAGGCUGCGCUGCAAUCAACAAAAAAGGAUAAGGCAGAAGUGGAAAGUCGGCUCUCCAACGAAGAGGACACCUCGACGCGUCUUCGGGAUACCGUUGCAGAACAGCAAGCGAGGUUACGUGCUCUGGAGAAAGAACUAGCUGAUGGGCGCGAUCAAAUCAAAAACCUCCGCUCAAGGCUCAACGACGGGGAAAUAGACUCAGGAACUUUGCGGAAACGCCUCGAGGAGGAGGAAGCCAGGGUUGCUUCACUCAGCGAGGAACUUGCCGCGCGUCAAUCUCAAGUUGGCGCUCUGGAGGAGGAGAUUCGGAAUGUCAAGGAACGACUACAAGAGUCACAGUCCAAAUUAUCAGGUCUCGUGGUUCGCUUCGAUGCUCGAUCACAGCGUACAAAGGAUCUUACACAGCGACUUUAUUCGUACAACGAGCGUUUGACGCACUUGCUGGAGAGACUUGGGUUUUCGGUCACCAGGCAGGGCCACAGCAUGUCAAUCCAAAAGAUUCCUCGCUCGGAGCGGUCCUCUCAAAAUGUCACUGACUCGGAUCCCAGUGCAUCCCUGCGUCGAUCUGGCACUCUUAGCAACAGCCGUCCCCUUCUUAGUAGUACUGAGCUAGAUCUUCUCAACUGGGUUAACUGCACAGAUGAGCAAUCCGAGUCAGACAAAUACGAGGCUUAUAUGUCCCAACUCGGCUUUUUUGACGUGGACGCUUUCUGUGAGGUCAUUUAUCGGCGCGUGAAAGAUGUUGAAUACAUGGCCCGGAAGCUACAGCGAGAUGCUCGGGCGUAUCGAGAAAAGGCGCAUGCUCUCCAAAAGGAAGCCCACGAGAAGAUCGCCUACAAACACUUCAAGGAAGGCGACCUUGCACUCUUCCUCCCCACCAGGAAUCAGGCGACAGGGGCGUGGGCGGCAUUCAACGUCGGAUUCCCUCACUAUUUCCUAAGGGAACAAGAAUCACAUCGACUGAGAAGCCGUGAAUGGUUGGUUGCUCGAAUCACUCGAAUCCAAGAGCGUGUGGUGGACCUUUCUAAAUCCCUCCAGCAGCCACGGGGAGCUGGCACAAAGAAAGGCAACGCGACAAGUUCCGAACCACUAAAUGACGAAGAGAACGACAACCCAUUUGACCUGUCAGAUGGCCUUCGCUGGUAUCUUAUUGACGCUGUCGAAGACAAGCCCGGGGCUCCAUCAACACCUGGGCUUGGGAAAAGCACAGUCGCCACCAAUAAUGUCGAAGCCACAGGCGACAUGCACACACAUGGGCGAGCAUCCUCAAAGGUAGGUGGGGUCAUAGGCCGCAGCAGCGCCUCGUCUGGCAUUGAAGGGGUCAGCAAAACCUUGUCCAAAAGUCUCGAGAGGCGCCGAUCCAGCACGAGCUCUAAAAAGGCACUGCCGUUUACGAUCGGUGUAGGCCGAGGUCGGGAAAGCGCUGUCGCCAGUGAGACCAAUUCACUACGGACUGCACCAGCUGAUACACCGACAGCUGCGAGCCCAACACAACAAGUAAUGGGCCAGGGGAUGCCACCACAUGAGCCUCUGCAACAGUCAGGUGCUGCUGCUUCUACAACUGGUGGUGCUCUCGAAGCCAGCUGA